UGCGCCGACCCCCACGGACCCCCUCGCGGGCGGAGGGGGGGAAGGGGGGUCCUCUCGCGUCCCCUCCCCUUCCCCGCGUCCCCUUCCCCGCGCCACGCCCCCCCCUGCCGCCGAGCGAUAGCUAAUUGGGCAGAGAAAGGGCCCGAUUGUCUGCGCGCCGGAAGCGCGGGCGUGGGCGGCUGGAAGCGCCGAGAAGGUGGCCGGCCUCGCCCGGCAGCUGCCGCCGGAGCCGCCCGGGGGUGACGUCAGCGCUGGCGAGCGGGGAGCCCGGCGGAGAGGGGGGCGCUCGCGGCCUCGCCACAAUGCGACCAUUGUGGGCCCGUGAAUGCGGCCGGGCCUCUUGACCGGGGAGGCCGCGAGCCUCGCGCUCUGGCCUGUCACUCGCCGCCGGGGAGGCCCGGGCUCCGAUCGGGGGGGGGGAGCAGGGGAGCAGGCCCCUCCCCCCCCCAGGCACAGCCCGCACCCCAGGGGGGGCCCCCACCCUCGGCAUGGCCUCCUGGUGGGAGGGAAGCACGGGCCCUGACCCGCUCCUGGUCCUGCUGGUCAUUGUCCUGUUAGCCCGUUUCAUUCUCUGGUCCUGCCUCGGGACCUACAUAGACUAUAAGUUGGCCCGGCGGCACCCCCAGAAGCCCAAGGAGGACUAGGGCCUCUGCCGGCCGGGGACUCUGAGCGUCACCCUCCCCCCGCCAGCCCCUCCAGGAGGGCGCUGCCCCAGAGGUGUCCUCUCCUGAGCCGAGGGCGUGCCGGGAGGGCCAGGCCACAGACCCCCGGCUCCUACCCGCAGGGCAGAGAUGGACCGUGGCGCCCCACCCACUGGCCCUGAGCUGUCCUGGUCACCAGCCCGUCCCAUGUCGGGAUAGAGGGGCCACCACGCCCUGUCUGUCCGUCCGUCAGGGUCUGGGGUCCGCAGCUGGAGGGAGCGAUCGUGGGGGGCUCGUAAGUAUGUUUGCGGGAGGAGGUGGGGAUGAGCCACAGGGGCUGGGGUGGGCGCCGAGGGGACAGACGUGGCCACGUCACGAGCCAGCCCUGCCACCCAACGCUGCCUUGCCCCUCGGCUUCCUCCUGCCCCCCGGAGGGAUAAUAGUAAGUUCAGACGGCUGCCUUGGUUUCCCCAGAGCAGACCCCCAGAGGGUCUCAGGACAGGCUCGACACCUGAGUUCGAGUCCGGCUCUGGUUGGCCGCGGGGAAGGAAAUCUCUGUCUCUAAAAUGGGCGCAAUAAUCCCUCCCUCCUCAGAAGGGUACGAGGAGGGUUGGACGAGGGGCGGGGCGGCAGCCCCCCCAGCCUGCACCCUGCUGGACUCGUGGAGGACAGUGCAGGAGAGAAACCAGGGACCCAGAGAGUGCCUCUCUCCCUCGGUGCUUGGAAGCGUGUGGCUGAGACACGCCUCAGAAGGCGGGCAGGCGGGAGGGUUGACUCGGGCCCCAGGAGCCGGCGCCUGCCCGUCACACCCCGCCUCGGAGCGGCACCCGGUGGCUCUGAGGUUCUCGACCUGGUGGCUCCUUCUAAUCACCCUGCGGAUUUUAGCAAACACGAUGGCCGGGCUCCCCAGACGGAGAAGCAGGGGCAGGGACAAGAUGUCCUUGGGAGGCUGGCGCCUGGUUGCACAGGACCGGGGACACCUGUCACAGCAGAGUCUUAGGGAGCUGGUGUUGCUGACCUGGGCGAGCAGACUCGGGAAGGCCCGGCCCGGCGCCACCCGUCUUGCCUUGCGGCGUCCUGGCAGAGGGACCGCAGGCCCGAGCCGGGGGAGCGGCGGGACCUGAUGAACUCACCGGCACCGAGGAGAUCUUGAUUUGCUCCCGAAGGACCUGCCGUGCUCCAGGCAACCUCAGGGCCCGGGGAGCCGGUUGGCGGAAGCGGGGACCUUCUGGGGGCGGGGCUGACCCACACAAGAGAUUUUGAUGGGGGGGUGUCUGGGGGCGGAUGGCCGAUGAGGCUCUUUUCUUCUGGAUGAGGGUCCAGAGAGUCUGCGCGGUCGUGGUGGUGGUGGUGGUGGUGGUGGGAGGGGCUUGGUGUGCGUUGAUUCAUCAGGGGCUGGAGGGCGGCUGUCCUGGGGGGUUGUGGGAGCAACAGAACUCACGCCCCCACCGCGUCCAGAACCUGCUGGUAGGGGUCAGGGGAGGAGGUGUUCUCGUUGCCCUGAAGGAAAACGGCGUUCAAUGCCCUUUUAAAAUCACGCGUGGUUUUACUGGUCUCUUUAAGAAGAACCACGUGUGUUCUCAGGAUCGGGUAUCAAAGGAGGGCGGGUGGCCAUUCAUUCCGGUUCGCCUGGGAGGGACCCAGGUUUAAAACGCGACGUUCCCCGUCCCGGGAGACCCCUCUACCUCGCGCAAAGCCGGCCCCGCCCCCACCCGAGGGAGGAAAAUCCCUGCACACAGCGUGUUAACGGGACCAGUUGCGGACUUGCGUGUAAUCUGCGUGCAGCCUGCGUGUGCACACGGGUGCGUGUGAUGGCGCUUCGGCCCAUGCUUCAGGUGCCCCGUUUGGUCCAGUGAGCCGGGAUGCUGGGGCUCUCACCGCCGCCCCUGCUGUUGGGGUGGCCUGGCAGAGGGGACAGAAGCCGGAGGCUCCUGCCAAGUGGGACCGUGCAAGAAAACCGGAUUCUGCCAGGGCUGUUUGAGCCCCUUUGGAGUUACACUGGUCGGUACCUUUCUUCCCCCCGCCGCCGAAGCCGGUUUGCGUUGUGUCUUGAUUCACAGCCGAUACUUUCUGCUGGGCGCGGGUCUCUGCAGCGAUGCACCAGGCCAGCCAUCUACAGCCUUAUGACGCCUGCCCGGCUCAGAACAGGCACUCGAGCCGCGGCGUCUGAGUGAAUGACAGGAUGUGCCCUGGCCUGAUAUCAGGCAGCAACCACAUCUAGCUGCAAGUGACAGACGAGUAAACAGUGACUUAAACGAGAGAAGCCUUUUGUUCCCCCUUCAUGUUUAUUUUCUCAUGUAGCAAGAGGUCUGGCACUUGGGAUUCCCGGACCGGGGUAUGGCAGCCCCAUGAUAUUAUCACGGGCUCAGAUCCUUCCAUAUUUCUGCUCUCACGUGCAGCUUCGGUCUUCACGGUCACAAAAAGGCUGCUGCUACUCCAGGCAUCCUGAGUGACGUUCCAGGCAGGAAGAGAAAAAAGGGUGAUAGAGAGGGAGAGGCAAUUCUCUGACACCUAAAACCCUUAGGUUUAUAUCUCAUAAACCGGAGUCAUGUCACAUGACACCCCUACAUGCAGGGGCGGCUGAGAAGUGGAGUUUGUUAGCGGGGCUCAUUGCCACCCUAGAUCAUGUGAGGAUUCUAUUAUAAAGGAAGGCUACAUAGGGGCUUCUGGGUGGCUCAGUCGGUUAAGCCUCCGACUUCGGCUCAGGUC